UGGCGACAGUCGCAUUCCAAACGAUGUUGUGUUGAUGUUGAUCAAAGCAAACGGAAUGAUUUUUGUUGUGUGGGUGUCGCGAGUAGUGGGAAACUAAUGUUUAUAUUUAUAAUGAACCCAUAUUUUAAUUAUGUCAGUGCUCAAUGUGUUUUAGUCUAGCGCGCUUUUCGUUUGCGAUAUGUUGAACAUCCAUAAGUUAUGGCUAUUUUCUUCAUUAUGUGUUAUUGUUAUUGUGGUUUUAUAUUUCCAGUCCGAAGUAACUCGUAUCGAGGACAAUUAUCGCAAACUAGAAUAUAAAUUAGUUCAAGCGCAUUCGGAAUCUCGUCAGUUUUUCCCGAAGGUGAUCGAAAAUGAUGACGACGACUUGGUUGUUAUAUAUAAUAGAGUCCCCAAGACUGGAUCCACGAGUUUCGUAGGUGUAGCGUAUGAUUUAUGCAAGAAGAAUCAUUUUAAAGUACUACAUAUCAAUAUAACGGCGAACAUGCAUGUCAUGUCCCUCAGUAAUCAAUAUAAAUUUGCUCAAAAUGUAACUAAGUGGCGGGAAAUUAAACCAGCUCUAUAUCACGGGCAUAUGGCAUUUCUUAAUUUUGAUAGGCUAGGCACAAGCUCGAAACCCAUAUUUAUAAACCUAAUAAGGAAGCCGCUGGAUCGGCUUGUCUCUUAUUAUUAUUUUCUACGACAUGGAGACAAUUUUAGACCACAUCUAGUAAGAAAGAAGCAUGGGGAUAAAAUGACAUUUGACGAGUGUGUAGAGAAAAGCCAGCCAGACUGUGACCCCAGUAACAUGUGGCUUCAGGUGCCUUUCUUCUGUGGCCACGCUGCUGAAUGCUGGAUACCAGGCAACAAAUGGGCGUUAGACCAGGCAAAACACAAUCUCAUCAACCACUAUUUAUUAGUUGGUGUGACGGAAGAAAUGCUGGAUUUCAUUUCAGUGCUCGAAGCGGUUUUGCCGCGCUUUUUCAAAGGCGCCACAGAACACUAUUUGAGCAGCAAUAAAUCGCACCUACGACAGACCAGUUCAAAAAUCGAACCGACGCAACAGACCAUCGACAAAAUACGAAAGUCUGACAUUUGGAAAAUGGAAAACGAGUUGUACGAAUUUGCGUACGAACAUUUCAAGUUUGUGAAACGGAAAGUGCUUAUGAAUGAAAUGAAUAGUGUACCACAGAUAUAUUUUUACGAGAAGGUGCGGCCGAAGUGAUGUGAGUCUGUAUUCAUGUCUAUGGUUGAAAUUGAUCUUUGUCUUCACCUUGAAACAUUGUUUGUUUUGCCUUUAGUUACAUAUUUAUUUUAUUUAUGACAUUUUUUUUUAUUUAUUUUAUUUUAUAUCUUAAAAUGCAUAGGCAUUCCCAUUAUAGUGUGUAUAUUUAUUGGCAUUGGAAACUAUAAUAUUAUAACCAUGUGUAUAAAAAUAAUAAGUGAUAUAAAAAUUACUAAUUAUUAAUAUGUUUUACAUUCUGCUAUGAUAAUUCAACAGAAGUUUGGUUGUACUUUUACUAAAAAAUGUCUAUUAAGAUAAGAGAUAUACUCUAUAUUUGUUGAUAAUGUAAUAAUCCUUAUCUCUACAUGACAACAUCAAUUGUAGGCUUAUACUCGAUAACAUUUACUACAUUACGAUCUUAAAUGUAGAUUUUUGAUGGAAUAUUCGAAUGUAUGAAUCCUUUUUUUGCAUGAUGAAAUUAACAUUUACAUGUACAAUGAAAUGAAACAUUUGGAAUUUGUUGAAAGGAGAUAUAAAGGAAGCAUACUUGAAACAAUCUUAACUAACUGACAAUCGUUAAUAUAAUGGAGGUGUUGAUGUAUCAGUAUAAAUCUAAAAAUAUGAUUUCAUUGGAUUAUCUGGGAGGGCCAUUUUCUAUUGGAUCUUUGUAUUUUUUUAUUUGAUGAUAUAUCAUAUAUGUUGACGAAUAAAUUGUAUUAAUAAUUGUGAUUAAGUUGAUAUAUGGAUUAAAUUGCUAUAUAGUGCAUGAUAAUAUAAAACUCGCCACCUAAUCGAAAUCAGAAAUUAUUUAUUGUAACUGAAAAAUUUUAAAGUGUAGCAUAAACAUCCAAUUCAUAAUCACUGCCUCUAUUUGUGUUUAAAAAACUAAUGAAUUUUAAAAUGCAAAAUUCAAGAUGGCGCCGGCUGAUUUUGUUUUUCGCGCCAUUCAUGAAUAUCCGAUUCCAAUCAUGAUAUAUCGUUCAAUAAUGUUUUACCUUUUUCUAUACUGUUCUAUUUAUAGUAUACAUUCUUUUUAUUUAUAAAAAAUAUCUUAAUUAGUUGUAUGUAUUAUAUACACUAGUCUCUAUCAUAUUUGAUAGAAAAUAUCAUUCCAUUAGUUUGUAUGUCUAUUUAUAAGUAGCGAAAUUGAAUUAUUUUAAUAUUAAGAGUUAUUGACAUUGUUAAAUUACAAUCAUAUAUGCACAAUCAACAUAUAAACAAUAAUAUAUGUCUACAAUGAUACUGGAGUGAAUUUUUCAAGUUGUGUUUGUUGGAAAAGACAGUUUAAAUAUUAUAGAAACAAUAUUUAUGAAUUUGACACGGCCUAGCUUUUAUAUACAGAUGUGUAUAAAAAAGAGGUUAUUAUGUUUGUCUUAGUUGAGAACUUACUCAAACCAUUUUUAUAUUUGUAAAAAUUGAUUUUUAACAAAUUCCUCUCAACACUCAGAUAUUCCCAAUAUAGUCCAAAGACAGUUCUUGAAAAAUUCACUAAACUUAUUAUACCUUCAUAGCUUUUUUUGACAUCAACCAACACCCUAGCUCCUAGUUCCACAUAAAUAAGUAUUGGGCUUUCAACUGUAUCAGUAGAAAUGAAUUAUAAGUCUGAUCUAGGCGAGCGUCGUAGUAGAAGUCUUAUCACUGACAUGCUAAAAUAGAUCAGUGAUGUUUCACUGAUCUAUUUUAACAUGUCAGAGAUUUAGCAAACAGGUGUGCAUUCGUUCCAUACCCCACAAGGGCGUAUGGUACAACACCUUCCAUCAUUAAAAACAACAACAUACACAAAAACAAACUCAAAACUAACCUCAACAGUGUUGGUCAAAAUUAUUAUUCAAGUCAAAGUUAUAGCAAAAUCAAGCUUAUUGCCAAUACCUUAAGUUAUAUUUACAAAACUAACCAAAAGCAAUCAAUUAUAACGGGCCUACUUAAUACACACCAUAAAUAAAUUCAACCUUAUUCGGAUUAGUUAAAGUUGGAUUUACAAAGCACUAAAUCUCCAACCUGGGUGCAACUUUGGUGAAGGCCUUUUAUGUAACUGUAUCAUCACCUUUUGUAUAAUGAUUGAAGAUCAACUCAUAUAAAAAUUAACCCUGUUAUUAUUAUUACAUUUUGUAGUGUUGUAGUUUAUUGUAUAUACAUUUUAAUGACCUGUUCGUACUUAAAUUAUUAAAUUAAAUUAAUUAAUAAAUUAAUUGUUAGAAUGAAUUAGUUCAUCGCACUCUGUAAGGAUAGUUGUUAUUUUAUAACUUAUUGUAUUGUGGAAAAAACGUGAUUUAUUAAUUUUUAUUCUAACACAGAUAACCUACAUCAUGUGGUUACGAUUUUUUUUGCAAAUGAUAAAAUGUAUUUUACUUAGAAAAUUAUGUAACAUUGCUGCAUAAGCACAACAUACAGAGAGCUAAAUAUAUUGUCAAAAUAAAUAUAAAACGUAUGCAUGUCAUCCUACCCUCAAUAGUGAAAAAUUAUUCGUUUUACUUCCGGAUGAUUGGAUCUUGACUUUUGAACCAAAAUUUUUACGUCAAAUUUCAACUGUGCGAAAGGAAACCGAGCCUUUAUACAGUGUCCAAAGAAAGAAAACACUUUCUUCGAAGUCGGUUAAUAUUUUCAUUUAAUUUGAACGCGGAUUAGAUUUUUAUUGAAAUUUUGAAUUAAUUAUUUUAAAUGUGUGUUCUACCGGAGUAUUAAUUUCAACUGUUUAUUAAUCAUUAUAUUAUUUUGUACACUGUUGGGCGUUCUAUAUGUUCUAUCUAUGUGGGAUAAUAUAUUUAAAUUGUUAAGACAUGCGACCGCGUCCAAUAGUGUACACGCGUAGUAUUUUUUCUUUCAUAGAACAGUUAAAAGGAGCGGACACGCGGCACUCGCGACUGUAUCGCAAAACGCGUUACAUUGCGCGAUCGCUUGCUUUUGUACAAGUUGGUGAUGAAGCAUUGCAAGCAAUGUAUGAUUUUCAACCUGUUUGUCAUUGUUUCGUUUAAUCAACAGACAUAGUGACUUAAUAUUAUUUUAUAUGUCGAUAUCAUAUAACGUCAUUUUCCAAAUAUGAGCGGCGCGCCUCUGUCCUCCAAGGCCCCUUUUAACCUUAUGUAUCUGUUCUGUGAUUUCUUUCAAUACAAGCGAAAUUUAUAACAAUUUAAUGUUGACUGAAAAUGAAAUCCACCAAUGUUGUAAGAUGUAAAUCUAUAUAAUUUUUUUUUUCUCGAAAACUGCUCGUUCUUUAUAGAAAUAUUCUGCCUUGAUUCUCUUAUGAGUUAUAAGGUCGUCAGUCUUCCAUACUGUUUCAGGUUUUAUCAUUGUAUGUUGUAUUUAACAGUUUUGGGUGCAAUCGGCGGAAAUCCUUUGCUUUUGCAGGGUUUCAUGGAAAGUGAGAGAUGUUAUUAGCAAUUUCUAUAAACAAUUAUAUAAAACAACUCCUUGGUAAUUGCCAAUAACGUCUUUAAAAUAUUUGGUCCUUCCUUCUAGUAGAGAUUAUGUGAUUCAAAUGAUGAAAAAAUAGUGAGGGUAGAUUGAAAAUUAAAAUGAAAAGACCUCAUAAGUGGAUCAAGUUCGUACUAAAGUUUAAUUUUGUUAAAUCCCGGUUUAUUUAGUUCACUAAUAAAGACAUUGUUGAUAACUGUUAGAUGUAAUAAUGUUAUUGUUCUUAUUAUUUGAUAAUUAUAUAUUAGCCGAAAUCUGCUCGCACUAGUUGUUAGCGCAAAUUUAUUAUAUUAAUAAAACGACAACUCUAUAUAUUA